AUGCAGAACGGGGAUCCCAUGAGUCCGCAGGAGACCAAGCCAGCCGGGGCCGUGGGGGAUCAGAAGGCCCCGAAUGUGGAGCCGUCAGCCCCGCCACUGCCACCGCCCUCACCUCCACCACCAGGACCACCGGACUACCCCAGGCCCAGGCUCAUCUUCCACACCCAGCUGGCACACGGCAGUCCCACGGGUCGGAUCCACGGGUUCACCAAUGUCAAGGAACUGUAUGGGAAGAUCGCAGAGGUCUUUAGCAUCUCACCCUCAGAGUGUGUCGUCAUCAACGUGCGCCGUGGCCAACGCGAAGGCAGCGCCAGCGGUUCCUACACAUUUAUCCCACUAUUUCGGUCAAAACAGGCCCUUGGGAUGCCAAAGAAGUUCCAGGGAGAGAACUCAAAGGCAGCCACCGCCAAAGCCAGAAAAGCUGAGGCCAAGGCAGUGGCAGAUGCACACAAGAAGAAGGCUGAGGAGGAUGCUCUGUGGCAGGAAACGGACAAACAUGUUCUGAAGAAGGGUCAGAGGAAGGAUGACAAAGAGAAAAAAAGACUGGAACUACUGGAAAGAAAAAAAGAGAAUCAACGGCUUCUGGACGAGGAAGCAGCAAGAAUCAAAGGAAGAUCCACAAAUGAGGAUGUAACCGUAGGAAAAGUGACCCGGGCCCAGAUCGAACAAACUCUGCAGAACGAGCAGCAGCAGCAGCAGCAGCAGCAGGAUCAGCCCAAAGAAAAGACACAUCUGGAAACCCCACUGGAAGAGAACGUGAAUAGAAUCAUUGCAGAGGAAGGAAGUGUGGAAGCGAGAAGUAUAGAAGACGCCAUUGCAGCUCUCAGCACCGGAGGAGAGGAUCUGGACCGACACCCGGAGCGCAGAGUGAAAGCAGCGUUUGCCGCCUUUGAGGAAGUCCACAUGCCUCGUUUAAAGAAGGAAAACCCCAACAUGAGGUUGUCGCAGCUCAAGCAGCAGCUGAAAAAAGAGUGGACAAAAUCUCCAGAGAAUCCCCUCAACCAACACUUUGCGGCCUUCAAUUCAAAGUGA